GUGUUGUGCUUCACGACUCGUUUGACAAAUAUCACAGACAAAAUAGUAUUUGUAACCUUUCCAAUAAAACAUAAAAUGUGUUUGUAGUGCAGAAGAGAAUUUAGAGUCAUAAAGAAAAGGAUGAUGACAUGCUCCGUGGAUUUGAACAACAAAGAUUUGGACAUAAGCUUCUAUGUUUUCAAGCCAACUGUAGUAAUUGUUGAUCAUCUAGUUCAUGGACUCCAACAGUUUUCCUUACUCACUCAGAAUCUUGGUUGUGUACAAAGCUCUAUAUUUAGGAGCAUACAUGGAAAUACGAUCACAUGGUAUGGAGCAUGGCAGAAACGGUCUAGUGAUGAAAAAGAUAAGCUGACAGCAAAUCUUCAAUCAAUGCUAACCAAUAAUGUAACAAGAAUGGCAGUCUUGGUUGAACACAAUUUCCUUGAUGCAUAUGCUGGAGAAUCAAGAGAUGGCUCUUUGGCUGUAAAGUUCAGCACUGGUGACAUAAUCUCCAUGAACUCAGUAGUCACAACUACAAAGGACCUUAAUGACCUGUGCUAUGCAGUCCUAGCAAUUUUUAGGUCUCGUUUUCCCAAAACAGAAGGCAUAACUUCAGGCCUUUGUAUGAAAGGCCAAUGCUUACCAAGAGUGGUAUGCAUUCAUGUGUGGCAGUCCCUACAAUUUUGUUACUCAUGGAUUCUCAACUCAGACCAUAGAAAGUGGAUGAUGCCUUAUCUUGAACGCUUCUCCACUGAGAUGAAGCAUGAUAUUUUUCGAGUAGUUUAUGUUAGUGAUGAAAAUGUGAUGAAUGUUCCCUACGAUUCUCCUCAUCGGAUGUUAGAAGAUGAAGAAGAGAGCACACAAGGACAACUUAUGCACCACUGAGAACACAACAUGUGUUGCAAAGAUUAGUUUAUUGUUGUAAAUGUGUUUUUGUAAAAUCAGUUGAAGGAUAUUGAAAUCUUAACCAAAAAUAACUGCUAAUCCUUUUUUUAAAACUUUUGCUAGAAUAUUAAAUCCAUUUUUAUCUCUAUUUAACUCUUUCUGAAUAGAAGGGCAGAGACAAGCACUAAUGAUCCUUCUGUUUGCAAGCGAUAAGAUACUAGAAUGAGAGCAGAAUUUGA